CCACAAUCAAAACUUAGGUUCCAAGAUAAAUGCCUACACUAUUCAACAAUUGAGCAUUUCAGAUCUGUUCUCUUGUUUAAGAAACCCCGAAACCAGAAUCAUAUUCAUAACCUAACUGCUUACACACACUGUAUAUUUCCACUCAUCCUCCCUCCCUCGAUAUAAGAAAGCCUGAAACUACAAUGGCUCACCCAAACAAACUCGCCAACACGCGCAUCCUAGUCUUUGGAGGCACAUCCGGGAUCGGUUUCGCUGUGGCCUCUCUCUGUCUCUCCUCUGGUGCUACGGUCAUGAUCUCAGGAUCCCAGCAACCUAAAGUCGAUUCUAAAGUGUCCCUCCUCCAAAAGGCAUACCCAAACCUGCCCAGUUCCCAAGUAUCAGGCCAUGCGGUGGACCUCUUGGAUACGGACAACCUCGAAGCGAACAUAAAAGAUUUAUUCGAGAAAGUGACAGACGGAGGCAAGCAGAAGCUUAAUCAUAUUGUGUUUACAGCGGGCAACAUCCCCAACAUGCCGUCUAUCGCCGAAAUGACCAUCCCAGCCGCUCUUGCCAUGGGUACAAUCCGCUUCCUGGCCCCCCUCCUUAUCGCCAAGCUCCUCAGCGCUGGUGUCUACAUGCCCAUCUCCCCCUCCUCUUCCCUAACCCUGACUGGCGGUACCAACACCCAAAAGCCGUUUCCCGGCUGGACGCUCGCGGCGUGCUGGGGUGGAGUCGCCGAGGGCAUGAUGCGCGGGCUCGCUGUCGAUAUUGCGCCAAUAAGAGUGAAUAUGGUGGAGCCUGGGGCGAUUCAAACAGAGUUGUUGCAGAAGAUUGUGGAUAGGUUGGGAGAUGUGGCGGUCGAAGCUAUGAAGAGGGAAACGCUUACAGGUACGAUUGGGGUGCCGAGUGAUUGCGCGGAGAGUUAUGCGUGGUUUAUGAGAGACGAUUUUGUGACGGGGACGGUGGCGGCGACAAAUGGGGGGAGGUAUCUAGCAGGGCCAGGGGUAGGAUUGGGGAGGGAUGGGACGGGAAAGGCAUAGAGGCAUAGGGUGUGCUGGUGGGAGGAAGAGCAGGUCGGAGGUUCGGGGUAGGUACUUGAGGGAUUGGUCGGAGCGCCUUGGAUAAUUGGUAGAUUCAAUGAAUCGUGUUUUAACCAUCGUCCAUGUUGCAAAGGGGGUUGAUGAAGAGAUAUGGAAGAGGAACC